UCACAAGACCUGGAACGGGCGUCACAGGAGGUUCUUUUUCCGUCGUUUGUAAGAAUUUCCGGUCUUUGGCUAGACUCUGUGCAAAUUUUGCCAGAUCAAACACCUUUAGAAUAGCAUAAGCUGUCAUACAUAUAUUUAGCAAUAAUUUGCUCGAACUAAUUUAAAUUCGUUUCAAGUUGCUUGCUGUCGAGUGAAAUUUAACGUGGAACAUUUCAUAUCCACCAAACUUUCAGCGAUGACAGAUUUGCAGGCAUCGGCUUCAGGAUAUGGAUACGUGCACUAUAUCGACUGUAACUCUGCGCUAGCCCUGCUCAGCUUCAUCCUCUUCAUCGAUUUGCUCAGGGACAUCGUCCAGCAAAUAACCACGGCCACGACAACCGCUGCGCCUAGGCGUCGUCGCAGCCGUUCGCUGGCAGAUUAUAACGCAGUCAACUCGAACAACUCUAACUUCAACAUGAAUUUCGGGCACGAUUCAAACCUGCACUCGGAAUUCGAGCGCAACUCUGUGCUCGAAUUCAUUCAAAUGGGAGGUGCCGACGGCCUCUAUGAGGAGCUACCUCAUAUUCUCCUCCCACUCAUUACAUCACUGAGCGAGUCGUCUGACGGUCAGCACCCCACGCCGUGCCUGUCAGCGCCGUUAUGCGACGCCAACGCGGCGCUGGUGCGGCGCUUCGGCGAGGUUGGCCGCAUCAUCGGCUCGCUGCUCUCCAACGUCCUGGCCAAGGCCUUUACGGGGGGCAGGGUGCUCGCCAUGCAGAAAGUGCAAGAAGCUUCGAGGAAAGGAAGGCAACUCUUAUCCUGCGAUAACUACUUCACUCGGUGCAAGAACAGUCGCCCGAAGUACCAACUCGUUCACCAUGCAAAUCUGUCGUUGUCCGAUGGUACGGAAAAUAAUAGCAACGCAUACAAUGGUAUACAGUUCCUGCCGUAAUAUUUGUGAGAACUUACAAUGAUAUACGGUUCCUGCUGUGAUAACAGUAACAGCUUAUCUAUUUAGUUUAUCGUGAAAUUUUCCACUUAAUCCUGUCUGUAAUGUGAGAUUAUAAAACUUUUGUGACACUUUUCUUCAACAUUCGAAUAUAUGUAAAAUUAAUAAUAAAGCCCUUUACAGUUUGUGAAGAAAAUUAUAGUAAUGUAAUUUAAUGGAAUGGGCAUUAAUCUAUGAAUAUACCUGCUAUGGCAUAAUCACGAGGCACUUUUUCUUUUAAUCCUGCUAUUUACCAUCAAUCCGAAGACAUCACAUAUAAUAAACUUCAAUUCAGUGACUUGUAACCGGUAGCUAGAUAUGGUAGCGUAUGGGAUGGAAACAAGAUAUGGUAGUAGAUGUUGUGUUAGGUUUUUACGAUGGCGUAUUUUCAUGUUCUUGAAAAAAUCCGAAUAUAUGAAAGAGUUUUCUGGAUGUUUUAUUCGUGGGAGAUAACACUAAUCUGUUUCUUUUCGUAUUGUAAAGGGUUAAUGAAAUCUUGUCAAUCAUA